UUUAUACCAGUGCUUUGCAGGGCUGUCCAUUUCCGGUUCGAAGCUGUCAAAACGAAGCGGCACCAGUCGUCCAUUUCCUAUUUCUUUUACUUUGUGUAUGGUGUCAGAGAAAGGACAUCCGGGAUGCAGAUCUUCGUCAAAACCCUAACGGGUAAGACCAUCACCCUCGAGGUCGAACCGUCUGAUACUAUCGAAAAUGUCAAGGCUAAAAUCCAAGACAAGGAGGGUAUCCCACCAGAUCAGCAGCGUUUGAUCUUCGCCGGAAAGCAGCUUGAAGAUGGCCGCACCCUGUCCGACUACAACAUUCAGAAGGAAUCAACCCUUCACUUGGUGCUGCGCCUUCGUGGUGGAGCCAAGAAACGCAAGAAGAAGAAUUACUCCACCCCCAAGAAGAUCAAGCACAAGAGGAAGAAGGUCAAACUUGCUGUGCUGAAGUACUACAAGGUUGACGAAAACGGCAAGAUCCACCGGCUGCGACGUGAGUGCACUAGUGAAACCUGCGGUGCCGGUGUUUUCAUGGCUGCCCACGAAGAUCGUCACUACUGUGGCAAGUGUAACCUGACUCUGGUCUAUUCCAAGCAGGAGGACAAGUAAAGAGGAACACAUCGAGGAUGCCGAUCACUGGAGUUGUAGCUAAUUAGUUGGCAAUCGCGAAUACAGUGUUUAACCCCAAACAUCUUAUGGAGAUCCAUUUGUGAUUGUCAGCUUUUUAUUUCGACCAUUAACAUCAGGGGUUGCUACUUCUGUAGAUUACAUUUUGUGCGUCAGGAUCUCCAUUACUAUGGUUAAGAAAUACGAUAAAAUACAAAACUUCUGUUGUAUUACAAAUCAA